CCUAGAUGGUAUACUUUAUGGCUGAAGCUGCUAAUGUUUUUAUUCAAUACUGAGGAGCAAAGAUCAAAUUCGUCACCGCUGUCUCAGAGGGAUUUUCAGUUCUCAGGCAGGCGCAACUGGAAUGCCGCAAAAGACUUGCAGAGAUACAGACAUCGUUACCCGGGUUUGAUGGAAUCAGAAAAUGAGGAGGAAGAAGAGAUGUGGAACUUAAGCUUUUAUAAAAAUGAGAUUUGUUUUUUGCCCCAGGGUUUGCAUAUUGAAAUUCUGCUUGAAUCUUGGUGGGACAAUUAUGAAGUUCUGGAAGAAAACCAUUCUUACAUACAGUGGCUAUUCCCUUUACGUGAACAUGGAAUGAACUGGCGUGCCAAACCACUCACAUGUCAAGAAAUCCAGGCCUUUAAGAAGUCCAAGGAAGUUAUGCAAAGGUUUAUACGUGCUUAUCAGCUCAUGCUAAGAUUUUAUGGAAUCAUUCUGAUCAAUGAGGAAACUGGAGAACUUCAGAGAGCAGAGAAUUGGACUGAACGAUUUCAAAACUUGAACCGGUUUAGCCACAACAAUUUGCGGAUUACGCGCAUCCUGAAGUGCCUGGGGGAGAUGGGAUAUGAACACUAUCAAGUGCACUUGGUCAAGUUUUUCCUAACAGAAACUCUUGUUAAGGAGACGUUACCAAAUGUCAAGAGAAGUGCCUUGGAUUACUUCCUGUUCACCAUCAGAAGCAAGCGGAAGAGAAGAGAACUAGUCCACUAUGCUUGGCAACACUUCAAACCUCGAGGCAGCUUUGUAUGGGGACCGCACGACAAACUAUUGAAGUACAGAGCGUGCUCUACCAAGUCACAGCUGCCACAAAAGGCUGAAGAUAAACAGGAAACUCCUGGUAAAAAAUGUGAUGAUUCUGUGGAAGAGGAUCAGAGCCAGUCUCUAGAGGAAGAACAGAAAGCUGGAGAUGCUAUAGACUUGCAGCCUAAAGGGAAUGAUGAAGAUGUAAAAGAGAAGUUAAGUGAAUGCGUUUCGAAGGGAGGGGAUGGUGAAGAGGAGAAAGAGGCUUCAUUUAUCCAGCAGGAGGAGAAGGAUUUAAACAGUGAGACUGAAGAAGUGCAGGGUACGGCAGAGAAUGAUUGCACAAAGGAGAGCAAGAAGAGAAAACUGGAUGCAAAUAUGGCAGACGCUAAAAAGAGUGGACUGUUGAAAAACCCUACAGAUAUUGAAAACAUUUCCCGUAAUCUGGGAGAAUGUGCAAUUGAUGCAGAAAUCCCCUCCUCAGUUCCACUCUUACAAGCAGAAGAGGACCAGGAAGCACUGAAAGAAGACGAUGCAAGCACCAAAGACUCCACAGCGCCAGAGGUUGCUGAUGCAGCUGUAAAACGGAGGAAAGUUGAUAAAAGAACAUCGAGAAGCAAAACAUUCAACUUGGCCAUAAACCUGAACAUGGGCCCCUCUGCCUCUAGUGCCCAGUUAAGUCCAUCUGUUGCAAACACUGAGGCUGAAAAAGAAAAUGCCAGUGAGAAAAAUGCAACUGUGGAAGCAACAAGUGAGAAGGAUGGUGGUGAUACAAAUGGUGGGGCUGUGAGACCCCCGGUUGGUUCUAGGCUCCCCAAGACUGGCUGGACUUCUCCAAUAAGUGAUGGCUUGGAGUCAAGUGGAGAUCAAGUCACAGCAAGGAGUGAUGAGCACCACUGCAACUGCACACUCCUGAGAGGCAAAAGUGAGGUAGAUGGGGUAGAACAGCAUAAAAAGGCAGAAAAUGCAAGUGAAAAAGGGCAAGCAGAAGUCACAGGCAAGAAACAAGUUCCAGAGAGUCUUGAGCAGAGCAUAGCAUCCACUUGUCCUGAAGAACACAGUGCUGAGAUUGUGACACAAAAACCUGAAAGCUCUGAGCGUGCAGCAGAACCUGAUGAAGAGCAGGUAGCAGCAGAGUGA